AUGAAGAAAAAAAAUAAUCUUCACUUAGUACAGAAUUUGGUGGUACUCCUUAGGGAGAAGAGCCCAAAGGACAGAAAACAUGUUCCGAGUGUAGACGAACAGAGAGGGCUCCAAACAAGAAAAAGCAUGAUCAAUGGAGUUCAUGCUAUUAACGGUGAGGACUACGCUAGGAGUAAAAAUGAUGAGGAGGAAAAUGCCAUUAUCUUUCUCCUUACCCGGAUGGGAAAUGAUUUACUCAUACACGAUAACUUAAAUAUUUCAAGGAAAAAAAAAAAGUUCAUUGAGGAGAGCCACUUGGUUAUACAACGGGACGGUAACUACGUCAAUGUCCAGAGCAGAAACAAUUUGCUCUACGCUGUGGCUUUGCAUUGUCAAGAAAGGGAGGCCAAGGAGGAGAAAACAACGAAGAAGAGAGCAACUGGCACCACCAGGAUCACUGAACGAAAUAAUUACACGCGUGUACUCGCCGCACUCAAAUACGCCAGGGACAAAUUUAAUGCAAACUUGAAUUACUACGUCAGUCUUGCAAAUGGUGAGUGGCAAGUGAGGAAGAUCCACCUGCUGGACUGUAGCCAGAUGGUGUGGGAUUUUCAGUUUUUUAAAGAUGACCUAAGGAGAAGGAUAAAAUACGCGCAACUAUCAAAAAGUGUAUGCUUUGUUUUAUCUCCUUGUGUGCUCAUUCGGGAGUACGCGUUGUUCGUGUCUGGUUUAAUAAGGCGUCUGGGGCGGGGCUCUCAGGGUGCUGUGUUUCACGUGGUGGAGGAGGAAUGCACAGGGGCUACAGCCAUUGGUGAACUCGUGGCCGAUUCGGUGGUAGGUAAUGUGGUGGAUAUCCCCCAUUUGGAACCAAACGACUGUAUCCACCUCGAGGUACAGCAGAAGACACCCUUCCAUCAGCAAAUUUGGUUCAUCCUUUCUCUCUUGAAGGAAGAAUACACCAACCUACGAAGUAUCUACCACUUGGAACACUACACGAAAAUCUUCCUACAUAACUGUGAGAAGCUAAACAGAAGAUCCUUCAUUUCUUUUUUAAAAAAAAUAGACCACCUACACGUGCAUGCAGUAAAUUUGAACACCCUCUUUGGUUUGUAUUUUAGCGAAACGGAAGAGAAUAUAUUAAAAGUUUUUCGAAAAUGUGAGCGCCUUUCCAAGCAGACCAGCCGAAGUGUCUGCCUGGUGAUUGACGGGAUUGAUGUGGUGGCUCGGCGACUCGGGAAACGCCACUACGGUAACGGUGAUGAUGACCACCGAGAUGGUAGCCACGAUGGUGACGAUUCAGGGGGAGAAGCCAACGACAACGGUCGGCUCCUUACGACACUCUUGCUGUGCCUGGAUAGCAUAGAUAACUACACAGGGCGGAGGAGGCCGCCUCGGCGGAGAGCAGCCGAACAACGUGAACAAAAUAACGAAGGCAACACAAAACACAACAUAUGUAAAGACGAAAACACAAGGAGAAGGAUGCAAAAAAAAAAGCAUUCCCCCGAGGUAGACCUGUACGAAGAAGAUUCAGAUAACACGGCGAAAUCUUCAACGGAUGGAGGUACCAAAAAAAAGCAUAAGAGAAAAAAAUUAGCAACACAUGUAACAUAUGACAUUAAGCAGUUGGCAAAAAUUUACAAAGAAAAGCGCAUUCAGCUGAUGCGAAGGAAAAAAAAAAAAAACAUCAGCAUUAUUGUUUUAAGCGAUCUGGAUUUAAAACAUUUUGACAUUUCUCUUACGAGAGCAGGGCGUUUUUUUCAUUUCAUAAAAUAUAGCUAG